UGGCGGCCAGUCUCCACUCACAGCGCAGCUGCACGGCCUCGCGGGUGGAGGGUCUUGGGAUCCCAGCACGACCCGUCUACCCCCGCUGCUUUGGCCACCAUGCCGCGCUCUUUCCUGGUCAGGAAGUCCGCCUGCUCCCGCCGGAGACCCAAUUACAGUGAGCUCCACGACUCUUCUCCAGAGUUCACUUUUCAGCAGCCCUACGACCAGGCCCACCUGCUGGCAGCCAUCCCGCCGCCCGAGGUCCUCAAUCCCACGGCCUCACUGCCCACACUCAUCUGGGACUCUCUCCUGGCACCCCAAGCCCAGCCGAUUGGCUGGGCCUCUCUUCUGCCCCAGGAGCUCCCCAAGGCCGUCGAGCUGACCUCCCUGUCUGACGAGGACAGCGGGAAAGGCUCCCAGCCCCCCAGCCCACCCUCACCGGCUCCUUCAUCCUUCUCUUCCACCUCAGCCUCCUCCCUGGAGGCUGAGGGUUAUGCUGCCUUCCCAGGCUUGGGCCAGUUGCCCAAGCAGCUGGCUGGGCUCUCCGUGGCCAAGGACCCCCAGUCUCGCAAGGCCUUCAACUGCAAAUACUGCAACAAGGAGUACAUCAGCCUGGGUGCCCUUAAGAUGCACAUCAGAAGCCACACGCUGCCUUGCGUCUGUAGCACCUGCGGGAAGGCCUUCUCCAGGCCCUGGCUGCUGCAGGGCCACGUCCGGACCCACACUGGCGAAAAGCCCUUCUCCUGCCCCCACUGCAGCCGUGCCUUCGCUGACCGCUCCAACCUGCGGGCCCAUCUCCAGACCCACUCGGAUGUCAAAAAGUACCAGUGCAAGACGUGCUCCAGAACCUUCUCCCGAAUGUCCCUGCUCCACAAGCACCAAGAGUCAGGCUGCUCAGGGGGGCCCCGCUGACUCUCAAGGCUCCUUGCGCCUCUUGGGGCCCUCCCCCCACCACGCAGUGGCCUCCCCCAACUCCAGAAGGAAGGACCCGGCAUCCUGCUCACUGCCACAGAGUUCCCUCCUGAGCUCCGCCUUCUGGCUGCAUCGGCCCCCCAGGACCCCCCAGGACUCUGAGGACCACUUCCCAGUCCUCUGCUCCGAGCACCUCACCGGGCUCUGAGGGGGGGGCCUUUCUGUGGACGGCUGAUGGGAGGGUGGCUUGCAGCAGAGACCCCCUCCUGGCAGCCACUGCUCCAGAGUGUUCUGGAGUUGGCCUUUCUGCGUGGGUUUGUGUAUCCAGAGCUGUUUGGAUACAGCUGCUUUGAGCUCCAAGACAAAAGCCAGCAGACUGAUGAGAAGCUCCCACCCCACUCAGGGGACCCCAGCCUCCCCUACAGGAACCCUCAGGCCACCCCCUCCAGAAGGUGCAACUAACUAUGCAAACAUCCACCCCCAGGUGCACUCGCGGGGGUGGUCCCUGACACAAGGACAGCGUCUAGACCCCAGGAUGCCCCAGGGCCUGGGCAGCUAUUUCAGCCUCCUGUUCGUCAUGGUGGCACCUGUUUCACAGGCAAUUUAACAACGUCUCCAAAGGGACUGUGAAUAAUUGCCUUCGCUUGUCCGGGGCCCGAGUGGGGUGCUUCGGCUCCACUGAUGUGUCUCCCGGAACUAUUUUCGGGGGCCCGACAGGUGGGCCCGUGAAGAAGAUGUUUACAUUUUUAAAGGUACACUGGUAUUUAUAUUGCAAGCGACAUUUUGUACUAAGGAAACGUUUUGUAUAGUUAUAUGUACGGUUUAUUGAUAUUCAAUAAAGUGGUUAAUUUAUAUAU